UCGACAUUUUUAACUAACGGGUGUAUUUUUGUUGUUUCUAGGUUACCACAGCUUACCGUUUUAGCGAAGAUUUUGUGCCUCCUGAUGGUGGUGAUGUGCGGGGCGGUGCCGGCGAUGGUGCGCUCCGUGAGUCUCUACUCGACUUGCAGCAGCGGCAAUGUUACCGUAAUAAGCCGCUCGAUCAAAGCCAUGGGCCGCGACGAUCACAAUGCACCCUACCAGAAACUCACCACACAAUCGGAAGAUUUCAGUAGGAGGCUGUACAUCCUUGCGGAGAAGACCCAACGAUACAUUUGCUUCAAUAAGCGGUGGAAACUUGUCGGCCUGCCUAAGAAACAAAAGGGACCGAUGUGUCAGUUUUACGAAGUAUUCAACGGCUCGUAUCUGAGGUACAAGAGCGUGGUCGACACUACGCGGUACAUCGGCUUCAACAAGUUCGGCAAGCAGAUGAAGAAUCCCCACGGCAGGAAGGAGUGCUUCAACUUCAUCAAGUACAAUCCCAGCGCCGACAUAGAGCACCACAACAGCCUAGUGAACGCGGAGAUGGGCGGCAUGGAGCCGCCGCAGGAGUCGUUCGUCGUCUCGAGGAAGCCGUCGCCGAUGAUGAGGGCCACGAAGAACUCCCUGUUGCAGAGCAAGAGCGCGAGGGAGCACGCGCACACGUCCCCGCAUCGCCAUCGGCAUUCGAAUCGCUGGAAGAAGGAUGGGGCGGACUCGGGGCCCCGGAGACGGCACGAGAGUCGCCUCGUCGAGGCCAACAACUAUUGAGCCGCGUGCGAGCUCGCCGAUCAAGACUGCCUCCUCCAUUACCCCGUGAGAACCUGAGAUCAGACUGCCAAAUACGCUGGUGGACCGCUCGUGGUCGGGAUGUCAGGAGCCCACUUAACAAAAAAAAUUUUUAAAAAUAAAAAAAAGACCUCGGCGCCUCCGUGAGUCGCGACUCGAAGCACCACGUUCGAAUUCGGUCGGCGAAUCGAGAGCGUGGACACGCGGCUCGCUCCCCUGCGUGAGAGAGCGCAUGCAUAACACGCGCGACACAUACACGCCUUAUGUAGCCUGCGCUCUGUUCAGUUCCCGUCCCCGGUGACGUUUUUCCGCGGCGGGAAACGGCUCGUCGUCGAGAUAGAAUAAGCAUCCCGAAAACGAUCCCUUGGGAAGACGCGAGACGACGUCGAAGCGUGAGCGCGCGCGAGUUCCCGUCCGACGAAGCUAUCUCAAUUUCACGCGGUUAAGUUCGAUUUACACUUGCCCCGACUGACCCCUUCAGGCAAGUAUGUAACAAUAAGAGCGUCUUUUCUUUUUUCUCUAAUCAUUGAUUACUCCUCCGUUUGGUUCGCGCGAAUCAAUUGUUCGUUAUCUCUGUUCUUGUCUCUUUUUUACUCACACUGAAACACACACACGCGCACACACACACACACACACUCUCUCUCUCUAUCUAUCUAUGUAGCUAUCUAUUUAUCUAUCUAUUUUGUUCUUAAUCUCGUGACAAAGCGUGGCCAAUUAGUACAUUUUUUUCUUUCACCCUUGAUGCUGCGCAUUGCGAUAAACUGCGCGAUACCAGUCAUAUAUAUGAAUUCGUUUGAGCCCAUUAUUGCCCAAUCGAUCGUUGAAUGCGAAUGGAAGGGAUUGACGUCGUACAGAAAACGCAACCGAACGGCUGCUGUGCUUCGAGCGCGGUCACUGGCCCGCGAUGGUAGCGCAAAAAGACGCGCGGACGACGCACGCCGAUGGACAUGUCUUCGCAACUUGCCCGACAAAGGUAAUCCGUCUUUCGGAUAUCGUGAAAUAUUAUGAAUUACUAAUGUACACACAUACGUACACACACAUAUAUAUAUUUUUUUUCGAAAUAUUAAUACAAUUCUCGCAAACUUGAUUCGCUCAAACAUGUGAUAUUGAUAUAAAAAAAAAUUAAAAAAAAAAUUCGACGAAACGCCCGAUACAAUUCGCGAUGCAAUUGAAAUAUAUAUAUAUCUCAAUAUAUAUUGAAUCUUGUAUUUUAAGAAAAAUUAAAAAAGUAGACAAUUUCGUUUGUAUACCGCACCGAUGCACCAUAUAAUAUUUCGGCUGUCGAAGAAAAAUUACGCGUUAAUUAAAAAAAAUUCAAGUCACGAUCUCCGUUACGGUUUCGUUCUUUCGUCGAAAUCAAAGCGUUGUCGGCGCUGGUCCAGUGAAGAAAUAUUUGUCACGUUGCGGACGUCGUCGUUCUUACGCCCUCCUGCGCAGUUAGAGCUCACGCCGCGCAAGACUCUCUCGCUCGCUGUGCUAAUUACGCCGCCUAACGUAGCGUGCGUGCGUGCCUGCCCGCGUGUAUGAAUAAUGUGUGCGUGCCUGCCUGCGUGUUCGCGACCGCAGGCCUUACCGCCGCCGACGCACAAACUCGUGGCACGAUCGAUUACGAACGUGCCGAGUAUAUAUGACGACCGACGACAGUUCUCCGAGUUUUUUCUUGAUAAUCCAAACUUUAUUUUUUUUCACCUAGGUCGUUGAUAUGACGAUCGCUUUUUAUAUCGAGAUCAAUAUUCUAUCUACUAUCCUCGGAAAAAGAUUAAUAAUAAAACGAUGUCAUUGCGUGGCUUUGAAAUAGAAGAAACACAUGUUUCAGAUGCGGGACAUUUGAAGGUUUAAAUAUAAAAUAAGGCUCGAAGAGAGCGCCAUGUUUUCGAAAAAAGAAGAAAAAAAAAUUACUUUUGUAUAUUUAGAAAAGAGCUCUCUAUACUAAUAUAAUAACAGCGGAAAGCUGUACAUGUAAUUUUUGAGGAUUCUUAUGAGAUACGCAAUAACGAAGAAAAAAGCAAAGAGUAUAUUUCUAUAAAAUGACAUCGAUUGAACUAUCGACAUAUAUAUUUUUGAAAUAAUUUCACGUGAAAAAAAUCUAUCUUGCAAACACUCUUUUCCUUUCUCGAGCAUUCGGACAACGGCGAUCGGUUGGAACUGCAUGUUUGUGCGCGAGCAUAUAUUAUGUAUUUGUGUGUGCAUUUUGCGUGCAUACGUAUUUCGCCUCUCCGGAACGCGGUGUGAAUGCGUGUAAUAUAUAAUGCAUUACCGUUAAUGAACUUAAUCUUUAGAAUGCUAUCGCAGACUGUAUUAUUAGGCUAGGUACAUGAAUAUAUGACGCGGUGGCGAGACUCGACGAAGGGAACCCCGAGGGACCUCUGAGUUGUUUGAAAGGUCUGAGAACGUCCUGUGCGAUCUUAUUUUUCGCUUCUAUUUUUCCGACUGGAUGCUAUUUUAUCUUCUACGCACAAGGAAGGCACCCUGGGGUUGAUCCAUUUUCGCAGACUCGCCACGUAAGGAGCGCCUGUCCCUUCUCCCCUUCAAGAAAAAAGAGAUCACUCCCUUAUAGGUAGCUUAUUUAUUGAAAUCAUGUUUAGGUAUUAACGAAAGCCGAAACGCCUGAGAGACUCUUCGUUGUCCUUGUACGUAUAUAUAUAUAUAUAUAUAUAUAUAUAUAUAUAUAUAUAUAUAUGUACAUGAAGAUAUGCGCUGCUCUCUUUUUAUCGUUUUCAUCCCCCGUUACUCCUCUUCCCUCAUUUUCGUCUCUUUUCUACAUCAGUCGUAUUCCUUAAUUAUCAUUUCGCACAUUAUUUCGUCACAAUUGCGAAUCAUUCGAUACGAUAUCAUUAAUUAUUAUUUGUUUGAGAGUAUUUCA